AUGGAAGAUGCCAUGAUGUUCGUCUUUGAACUCCAGACACCAUUAUAUGAGGAAGCCCAAGCCACACGGAGUGACCAGCACAGAGAAAGACAAGUGGGUGAGAACCGUCUCAGGGGCGCCGAGCUUGCCUCGCUGCCGCAUCCAGUCCUGCUCGUGCUUUUGAACCGGGAAGAACUGACAGCUCCACACAACCGAGACAGAAUGUCAGACCUUCAUCAGCCUCUCCUGAGUCGGCGUGGAAUGACCCCCAAGGAUAGGAAUGGGCCUGGUGCCCUGGAAAAGCAGGCUUUGGGAAGCCUCUGGAUCCACGCAGUGCAAGUUGGCCAAUAG